AUGAUCGGUAUUGGCAUGGAAGGCUCCGCCAACAAAAUUGGCGUGGGCAUCAUGCUGCAUCCCGAGGACGGCAGCACCCCGCAGGUCCUGGCCAAUAUCCGCCAUACCUAUGUCUCUCCGCCAGGCGAGGGCUUCCUGCCCAAGGAUACGGCGCGGCACCACCGGGCAUGGGUGGUGAAGCUGGUGAAGGAAGCACUUAAGGAGGCGCGGGUUUCGGUUGACCAGGUGGACUGUAUCUGCUUCACCAAGGGUCCCGGUAUGGGUGCCCCGCUGCAGAGCGUGGCGGUUGCGGCGCGGAUGCUGAGUCUGCUCUGGGGCAAGGAAUUGGUGGGGGUAAAUCACUGUGUGGGACACAUCGAAAUGGGCCGCCUGAUCACCGGCGCCACCAACCCCGUCGUAUUGUAUGUCUCUGGCGGGAAUACCCAGGUGAUCGCAUACAGCUCGCAACGGUACCGUAUCUUCGGCGAAACGCUCGACAUUGCGGUGGGAAACUGUCUGGACCGGUUCGCGCGAACCCUACACAUUCCCAACGACCCAGCACCGGGAUAUAACAUUGAGCAGCUGGCCAAGCAAGGAAAGCAGCUGGUGGAUCUGCCCUAUGUUGUAAAAGGCAUGGACUGUUCAUUCUCAGGGAUAUUGGCCGCCAUCGAUGGAUUGGCGGCAUCAUGGGGUCUGGGCGGCGAAGAGCGUGCACGAGAAGACGCACAGGCUCAGAAUGCGGCCGCGGCGGCGGCCGACCAAAACCAAGACCAAGACAGCAAACCCACCCGCGCAGAUCUCUGCUUUUCGCUCCAGGAGACCGUUUUCUCGAUGCUAGUUGAGAUCACUGAGCGCGCCAUGGCUCAUGUCGGAUCCAAGCAAGUUCUCAUUGUGGGCGGCGUCGGCUCCAACGAGCGAUUGCAGGAGAUGAUGGGGAUCAUGGCACGCGAUCGAGGCGGCAGUGUCUAUGCCACCGACGAGCGUUUCUGUAUCGACAAUGGGAUCAUGAUUGCACAGGCAGGAAUGUUAGCCUAUGGGACGGGCUUCCGUACCCCGCUGAAGGAGGCUACUUGUACGCAGCGAUUCCGGACGGAUGAAGUGUUUGUGCAAUGGCGGGAUUAA